AUGAACGCGCGAAAUGGAAAUCAUUUCAAUGACACUUCAAUGAGCUGGGUCAUUAAUGGGCUCCUGCGAAGUGAUCUUCUCACUGACGAAAAGCGCAAGGUCUUGAAGGACUUCCAAAGCAACAAGGCUGUCUUGUCGGAAAUCGCUGAUGUUCUGAAUAUGAGAAUUAUAUAUCUCGAUAAAUGGGAGUGGGAUCCAAAUGGUGUUGCAAUUGAACAGCGCAGACUAUUGAAUGGCCGCUCACGAUUCUUUCAUGACGACGAGCUGCUGCAAGCGAUGCUGAUGCGAUAUGUCGGAGUUGAGUGGUCUGUUCACCUCAAGGCUGCUUUGACUGAAUUUCAGACUACUGCAAAUGUUUGGAAGACUGCCUCAGGAGCCGUUCCAGCCUCGGACCAGGAGCGUCGCAAGUACUUCCUCCCAAGUUCUCUUACAGAAGGGGCCACGGUAGAGUCCAUACGCACCAAGUAUUUCAAGAAAGAAAUAUUCCUUGAGCAGCUUCCAGACAAGGUUGAUGAGGUUCGUGGAAGCUAUGACAGCGACGUUUCCGAGGAUGAUGAUACACGAAAAAGCAGUCUCCAGAUCACUCAAACUCUGUUGCAUACAUUGGCCACCGAAAUCAUCAUCAAACGUGCUCUUGGACAGGAUUUGACUGUUGUUCGAACAGAUUUUGCCUCGUUCGGCCCAUCCCUUCCUCAUCUGACCAUCACCACAGUUCUCAAGACACUCGGUGUAUCUGAUCGGUGGGUAGACUUCUUUCGCCGUACACUGGAGUCCCCAGUAAAGUUCGUUGAGGAUGGACCCAACGCAAACGCACAAACCCGAAUGAGAGGCACGCCACCUAGCUCUCCAAUGAGUGAUUUCAUGGCAGAGGCUGUUUUAUUCUGCUUGGAAUUCUCUUUCAACCAGGAGACUAAUGGAGCCAGAAUGUACAGACUGCAUGACGAUAUUUGA